GCGGGGCUCCGGGUAGCGACAGGGUCCGCAGCGCGAUGGCUCCGCACAGGCGGGCGGGGCCCAAGGCUGCCGAGAGCGGUGGGGGCAGCGCGGGGACCUGGGCGGACAGGGGGGAGCGGAGGCGCCUCAGCAGUGUGAGGAAAAGCAGAGCCCACCAAGAGUCACGGAGGAAGUGGCUGAAAGUCGCAUUCCUAGUCUCCUCUGCUGUCCUCAUUAGCCUCUUGAGCUGGAGCUACUUGGUCAGCGAAGAUGGGGUCGCCGAGGUUCUGGCUCACUACAGCGAAAGUCUGCAGGACAGAUUCAUUGAGGUGCCCUGCUCCGAGGACUAUGACAGCCAUAAAAGAUUUGAAGGGUGCACUCCUAGAAAGUGUGGAAGAGGCAUAACAGACGCAGUAAUCACCAGGGAGGAAGCUGAAAGAAUCCGUAGAAUAGCGGAGAGGGGACUGUCCUUGGGAGGAUCUGAUGGAGGGGCUUCAAUCUUGGAUUUGCAUUCUGGAGCUCUUUCAGUGGGGAAGCAUUUUGUUAAUCUGUACAGAUACUUUGGGGAUAAAAUUCAAGAGAUCUUUACAGAAGAGGAUUUCCAGUUAUACCGUGAUGUAAGGCGGAGAAUUCAGCAAACAAUAGCUCAGGCAUUUGGUAUCAGCUCCUCUUCCAUGUAUCUGACCAAGCCAACCUUCUUCUCAAGAAUAAACAGCACAGAGGCCAAGACAACGCAUGAUGAGUACUGGCAUCCGCACAUUGACAAGGUAACCUACGGCUCCUUUGACUAUACAUCUCUGCUUUAUCUGUCUGACUACACCGAAGAUUUUGGUGGUGGACGAUUUGUGUUCAUGGAUGUCGGUGCUAACAGGACUGUAGAACCCCGAGCAGGUCGGGUUUCCUUUUUCACCUCUGGGUCGGAGAACCUUCAUCGAGUGGAAAAGGUUCGCUGGGGCACUCGUUAUGCCAUUACCAUCUCCUUCACUUGCAAUCCCGACCACGGCAUUGAGGAUCCAGUCUUAACGUAAUCUGUCCUGGGAGAGAAUGUGAGGUCGAAUGGAAUGAUAGGAGAAACCCUGUGAGGGAAGAAAAUGGAGAUAAUUUCCUGUGUAAAUUCCCAAUCAAUUAAAAUUUCCCUACCCUGUAUUUAAUAUAAUGUAACAUCAUUUUCACACAUCUUCCUCCAUAAGUGUUGCAAACAGUGCCUUAAGGACCAUAUUUAAUUCAACAUUCUGUUAAAAAAAGGGUGUGUUUUUUUUAUUCAUCCAAUUGAGAAAACAAGUCCUUUUUUAUUUUAGGUUACUUCACUUUGGGGAAUGCAGAGAAAAUGUAUUGAACCAAGUUCUACUGGGCCCUGUGCCAUUGUUAGCUGCUGUAACAGACCAGAAUUUGGCCCUUUAAAUCUUGUCAUCUUCAUCUGGUCCCAACACCUAAGAUAGAACAAGAAGGACAUUAUCCUCACGUUGGCCAGCCUUUGUUCUUCUUGCAACGGAUUCUCUUAGUCAUGGGCAUUAUUUGCAAACACACGUGGUUUUGUCUACUGGAACUUACUUGAACUGUUCUUUAAAUUACUACAGAUAUUUAAAGCUAAACACAGGGGGCGGGGAAGGGGGAAGACAUAGUCUUACCUCACCUAAUGCAGGUGAGGAGUGUUUAGUAUCAAAUAAAAUUAGGAAACUAAAUUGUCUGUUUGGUGAGUCAAUAGCCUAGGGCUUCAAAAGAGUAAUCUUAGUAGGGCAACAGGGAUGGCUAAAGUGCUAACAGGAUGUGUCGUAUUGGUCUUGGCUCUGAUCAGGAAGAAGCAUUUGCUGUACUUGGCCUUGGGGUUGUUCUUUUUUUUUCAGCUGCAGCUCCCUAGUGAACAUGAAGGUAGUUGCACUCAGCUGUUCGUGUGAAUUGUUUUGUUUGAGCAUUUUAAAUGUUUAAUUCUUUAAAUAUAAUUAAAGGAAAAUUCAAAAUGAAAAAUAGUUUCAAAUUUA